AUGUACAUUCGAACAUUAACUGGACAAUGGAUGGUUUUGGCCCAGCCUCAUGAUUUACUGAGUGGGCAAAUGGUAUCAAACGACAUUAUUCCCAAUGUGGAUGCCGUGCUGGACAGAAUGCACCAAGUAGACAAUAGUGGAUACUAUCUCGGUGUCAAUGGAAAGUGGACUUAUCACAACAACAAUUGUCAACGCUAUCUGAACCCCUAUUAA